CGUGUCGUGUCGUGAGAGAUCUGUACCCUAGACCGAGGUUAUUGAAAUCACCUCACACUCUUUGGCAUUAGGGCAAAAGAGUAUAAAACAUUAUAUAUUUUUAUUUUUUAUCAAAUUAUUUAUUGUCCGUGGGUUCAUUUGCCCGCAAUUAGUUUUAAUAGUUUAAAUUAAUUAGUAUUAUACCCAUCCACAAUAACAAAUUAUAUUAAUUAUGAAAUUUGUGAAUUCGUGAUAGUGAACAAAAAAACUGCCACCAAUAUACCCACAUAUAUAUAAAAAAAAAAUAUAAUAAUUCUGUGAAAGGUAAUCGAAGAGCCAAUCAAUCGUGUGGGACAUCAUCAAGCUUUUUGUAAACGCAAAAAAAAAAAAAUAAAUUGCAGCAACAAAAGUUAUUAUUGACAAAUCAAACGUACGUCUCAAUAAAGUAACGAUUAAUAAAUUGAAAUAAAAAUAAAAAUUGUGACGUUUAUAGUAAAAAAAAAUUGAAUAAGUUAUAAAAAGAUUAUUGGAGAUGUAUUGAUGAACUUAACCUCGUCCUUGUUGAACGUGGAACCGACCCAGAGUGAUCGUGAUAUUUAUUACGAUACCCAGCACAUUACUGAUCAAUUUGGUUUAUUUAAUUUAUCAAGUACUCAAGACUGCUACGAGCGGGAGGCGUGGGAAGAAGGAAGAGAAGAAGUUGCAUCAGCUGAAGAAGAUAAUAAUAAAUUAUUCGGCAAAUUCAUAUCACGGCGAAUAAAGGAGGAGCAGAAGGACUUAUCAGGUAUCAGUAAGGACACAAGAUUAGUUAUUAGAGGAGGAGGGAUGCCUCGUAGCAAGCGCCGAGCGCCCUCCAGUACAAACCAUCAUCACACAUCUACUGAUAUGUCACCAAGUGCCCAUGAGGAUGGAAUGCCCAGACAUCCCUCCAAGAGGCUGCGUCACACGUCUAACGCCAGAAGAUAUACAAAGACAGAAGAUGUUCCAGCAGCAUCGUCGUUUGUCCAAAAACGCUGCAUUGCGUGGUUCAGAGAGUACACAGCUGCGGAUGAUCCUGAUACCCUGGGUCCUGAUGGAAUGGAAAAAUUUUGUGAGGACAUAGCUGUAGAACCGGAAAAUGUUGUGAUGCUUGUACUGGCGUACAAAAUGAACGCUCGUCAAAUGGGAUUUUUCACACUCAACGAAUGGCUCAAGGGAUUAUCUGAAUUACAGUGUGAUACCAUUCAUAAAUUACAACAAAAACUUGAUUACUUGAGAAGUUUACUCAACGAGCCACACGCAUUCAAGGGAAUUUAUAGAUAUGCAUAUGACUUUGCUAGAGAUAAAGAUCAACGUAGUAUGGACAUGGAAACAGCGCGAGUGAUGCUUCAAUUAUUAUUGGGAAAACAUUGGCCAUUAUUUUCACAAUUCGCCCAAUUUUUAGAUCAAUCCAAGUACAAAGUAAUAAACAAAGAUCAGUGGUGCAACAUUCUGGAAUUUUCGCGAACUAUUAAUCAUGAUUUAUCGAAUUAUGAUUUAGACGGAGCGUGGCCAGUAAUGCUCGACGAAUUUGUCGAGUGGUUAAAAAUUCAACGGGGAGAAGGAACCUCGUCAAUGGGAGUCCGAGGCAGCUGAAAUAUUACAUAAAAAAUAACUUAUAUUUUACGAAAACUACCCGCCUAACUUAACUACAACACUUUUUCAAUCAAUAAUUUGUUAUUUAAACCGAUUAAUAUUUUUUUUCUUAAAACAAACAACUCGAUUUAUUCGCUGACACAAAUAAUUAUUAGUUAUUAGUCCAAUUCUUCGUUUCUAUGUCUGAAUAAUACUUGUAGCGUAAUUUCAUUUGGAUAAAAAAAAUUUUUAAAACCGAAA